GCUGUGUGUAAGGCAGAUGCAGCAGCAGCUCGUGGAGCUUCAGUCGGAUUCACAGAUCUAAAUCAUCUGACCGUCGCGCACUUUCUCAUCAGAUGAGUUUCUGUUUCCAGCGCGCUGAGUUAGGCAGCUGAAGGACUAGUUUAGCUGAGUUAGGAAGCUGGAGGACUAGUUUAGCUGAGUUAGGCAGCUGAAGGACUUGUUUUACUGAGUUAGGAAGCUGGAGGACUAGUUUAGCUAAGUUAAGCAGCUGGAGGACUAGUUUAGUUUAGUGCUGUCCAGGUCGCGCGCGCAGCGGUCAGGUUGUGUGAUCAUGUGAAGGUGAUUAUCAGCGGAGGAUCGAGGAUCGAGCUGCGGGAGGAUGAAUGUAUUUCUCCGGCUCGGAUUCUCAUUUCUGCUGCUCUUCUGCGCGUCUGUUUCUGCUCAAGAUUCAGCAUGUGGAGCUGGAUGUCAUCACGGCUUCUGUGAGCAGUCUGGAGAAUGCAGAGGUUCACCGGUGUUCAUCAAAGCUGUGCUCGGGAAACUCUACCUGUGUGCAGACCAGAGGAGGAGGACACGUCUGUCUCUGUUCUCCUGGACACACCGGGGAAAACUGUGAGCUGAAGACAGGAGCGUGUUCAGAGACGAGCUCUCUCUGUCAGAACGGAGGAACCUGUGUGAACAUGAGUGACUCUUGUCUCUGUGCUCCUGGAUUCACCGGCUCGUCCUGUGAGCUCCACAUCAGCCGGCUCAAGCACAGACCCCGGGUGAAGGUGUCAGGUCACACUUUCCACAAGCUGCAGCGUCCGGUCGAGUCUGAUCCACUGGUCACCCGCAGCCAGAUCAUCUGCUUCUCUGUCCUGGGUCUCCUCACCUGUCUGGUGAUCCUGGUCACGUCGGGCAUCGUCUUCUUCUCCCGCUGUGAGACGUGGAUGGCCAACACUAAAUACAGCCAGCUGGUGCGACAGCAGAGAGACCAGCUCCUGAGAGCAUCUGACCUCGAGCAGCGUUCACUCAACAUCAUCCUGCCGGAGAACAUCAGGAUGAGCAACUACAGCAGGCUCUACACGUCUAUAUGAAGCUGACGCGUGACCGAGAGCUGAGGUGCUUUACACAGAGAGAACAUGAGACACAGCUGCGGUAUUUCAGGGUUUUUAAGAUGUACAGCGAACCACACACACACACACACACACACACAGAGAAAUACAUGGUUUCUAGUUAACUCUAGUUACACUCAGUGUUUGAGUUCAGUGACUAGUUCAUGGUUAAAGCUGCAUCAACAGAUUCACCUUAUCUUCAUGUUUUCAUCACCUGAGCGUUUCAUUUUCAUGCACAUAUUUACAUGUGAACAAAUGAUUAAUGUAGCACUAAAUAAACCAUUGUUUUCAGCUCCAUGAGCAAUGCAGAUUAUUCAUAUUUCUGAUUGCUCAUGCUGUCUGGACGGAUA